CGCUGUAUUCACGAUUCCACACAAAAUCCGUCCAGUAUACUAUUAAUACCUCCGAUUCCCCCACCACCGCGCUGUCGGUCUCGCGCUCGUCGGCCACCGCGGAAAGGACGUCCACAUACUACAUUUCAAAUUGAAUAACAUCAUUUUAAAGUCUGGCUUGUAAAUAAUACAGUGUGAGUGGUCUUUUUUGGUGGAUAAUUCGCGUGAAAAUCGAGUGAGAUGGCCUCUUUGAUUACUGUGCGCAUCAGCAAGGGGGAUUCCCCAAAUUUGGGCUUCCGCCUGCAGGGCGGCAAAGACUUUGCAACGCCGCUGGUCAUCCAGAAGGUCAAUGUUGGUUCCCCUGCUGAAAGAGCCGGCCUUGUCGCUGGAGAUUCCGUGAUCAAAAUCAACGACACAGACGUGUUCAACUUGAGGCACAAAGACGCGCAGGACGUAGUCGUCAGGGCAGGACCGGCCUUCGAAAUUACACUGCAAAGAGGUGGUUCAACAUGGAAACCCUCAGUAAUACCUACAGGAUCAUUCCCGACGCCAUCUCCAGUCAUCAACAACGUUAGCCCAGUGACUAGGACGUCUCUGACAGCACCAAAGGGCGAGAAUAUAGGAGCUAUCGGUACCGGACACAACCUCUCUGCCAAACCGUUUAGUCCACAGGUGAAUGGUACUGUAAACGGUGGACCAAAGGUAGUGAACAAACAGUACAAUAGCCCUCUGAAACUCUAUUCCGAAGAAAGUAUCGCUGAAACGCUUUCAGCUCAAACUGAAGUCUUGUCCACAGGUGCUCUAGGUGUUAACUUUAAGAAAAACGAAAAGAACUACGAUGCUUCAAACAGUGCAGUCCUGCGCAUGCUUCAGGAAUCCGAAAACGAACCUAGAACGGCCGACGAAGUAGUCCGCUCCGAAUAUUACUCGACCCAAAGCCACGCGAUCGGCGGUCGUAAGACCGUCACCCCGAGCAUUAACGUGCCCUUAGACGAUCGCAGUCGAUCUAGCAGCUUGCCGGGCGACCCCCCAAAGCCUAAUAACCCCACCGAAGGUGUCACAGUCUGCACGGACUGUGAACGGGUUAUUGUUGGAGUAUUUGUAAGAAUCAAGGACAAGAACUUGCACGUCGAGUGCUUCAAAUGCGCAACUUGUGGCACGUCUCUUAAAAACGUUGGCUACUACAACAUCAACAACAAACUUUACUGCGACAUCCACGCCAAAUCAGCCGCUAUCAGGAUCAACGCUAACCCCAAUUUAGUACCUGUAACAGUACCACCAGGUGGAAAACCGCCAGUUCAGGCUAUAUCUUCGGCACUAGCAUCUCACUCACUGCCCACAUCCUCACCCCUAUCGCCAAAAAUAAACAACAGCUUCUCUUCACCCUACCAGCCGCAGGAAACAAAUGAGAAUGCCGACGUUUCACCGCCAUUGCCAAAUUUAUCAACUAAUGUAACGUCUGAAGCUAACAAUAACAAUAAUUCAUUAUAUAAUAAUUCUGCCCCUCUAUCAUUCAGCAAAUACUUGAAUAAGUCUUCGACGAGCUUCUCUGGACCAAAACCAUUUUCGAGCGUCAGCGCACCACUUUCUCCACCCAGCACCCUUCCUCGAGCAGCGCCUUUGUCACCGAUAACGCCCACAGCAGCGCCCUCUUACAACGCGCCCUCUUACAACGCGCCGUCUUACAGCGCGCCAUCCUACAAAGCGCCGUCUUACAGCCCUGCAUCAUCCGCAGAGCAUGCGAGUGAAGUGUGCCACGCUAACGAAAUCGAAAGUUUCCUAGAGCUAGACGAGGUCGGUUUGCAGAUCCCUGACCAUCCUCCCCCGCCACCCCCCGUUCCCAUCAGUCAAAUCAAUAUAACGAUCCCCUACCAAUGCACAUCUCCACAAUUGGACUCUAUCGGCUCGAGUCCGCGAUCAGAUUACUCUUCCUAUUCCUCUUCAAGCAGCAAAAAUCCCCAGAACGCUAACACUGAGAUUGCCAGAGAGAAAAUCCUGUCUGAGAUCAGGAAUUUAACUCCUAAGCUGAAAAAAGUUAAUAUAUCAGGCACCCAAAGCCCUAGAAUGAAUUAUAUCGUCAAUAAUGUCGAAACAACAGUCACUAAUAACACCAAAAACGUUAAAUCCGAACUUCUUAUUCCUGUGAACGACUACACGUCCCUUAACCAGGAUAACUUUCCUCUUCCUGACAACCUCACCUUUGCAAAUCAGUCUAAUAACGACAAAGCUCCGAACGAAACUAGCAAAGCUUACUUCAGCAGCGUUACUAAGGAUUCGAAGGACUAUAAAAAUAAAGAUCAUUUGCCUGAAGCGCCUAUUUGUUGGAAAUGUAACACAGAAAUUGCUAGAGGGCCCUUCAUCACCGCCCUGGGCAAGAUCUGGUGCCCCAACCACUUCAUCUGUACCACUCCCUCUUGCCGAAGGCCUCUGCAAGACUUGGGAUUCGUGGAAGAGCGCGGUCAACUGUACUGCGAGUUCUGCUUUGAGCAGUACCUUGCCCCACCUUGUGCCAAGUGUAGUGGCAAAAUCAAAGGGGACUGUUUGAAGGCCAUUGGAAAGAACUUCCACCCCGAGUGCUUCAACUGCGUCUACUGCGGAAAACUUUUUGGAAACUCUCCGUUCUUCCUAGAAGACGGCAGCCCAUACUGCGAAGCUGACUGGAACGAACUCUUCACCACCAAGUGCUUCGCUUGCGGGUUCCCAGUCGAGGCUGGAGAUCGUUGGGUGGAGGCGCUGAACAACAACUACCAUAGCCAGUGCUUCAAUUGCACGAUGUGCAAGAAAAAUCUGGAAGGACAGAGCUUCUUCGCAAAGGGGGGGCGCCCCUUCUGCAAGAACCACGCCCGCUAGACGGAUCCCCAUCCCCAUCUGUUUAUGUUACCACUGUUUCGCUUUAAACCUGUUAAUUUAUUAUAAAAUAAAUGGUUGCGAUUUUAAAACGUGUACUCUAAGUGUAAGUAAUACUAUAUUUUUAUGUUCAUUUUAAGCAUCUAAUUCAGUAACCUAUUUAUUUAUUUAUGAUAAUCGUAUAUUUGAGGAAUGACGACACCAAAAACUUAUUAAUUUAGGCAGUUGUACUGUUCUUAGCUGUAAAUUGAUCGUUUCAAAGGGAAAAUUGUAGAUAUAUAAUAUUUUUGAGGUGACUAUAUGAAGUAAUUUUGUGCCAUGUAAAAUUUUAGAUUGUAGAUGGAUUGUUUGCCCAGCACAUAUAUUGUAUAAAUACAUAUUUUAGUUGUAA